AAAAAUCACACUAGAGAGUGGAGGAAGCCAAGUUGGAAACACCGCGGAACUAAACUCCCACUGGAGAGAGAACGGCCAGUUCAGUGGCGCUCGGCGGCUCCGGACGCAGGCAGAUGGCGGCUACACACGCCGGGCUGUAACGAACCACUGCGAGGUCAAUUCGCGUCGACUCCGGCUGGAAGUUUGAACUUCACUCGGAACUUUCGGCGGCUGCUCGUCGCCCGCUCCUCGGUCGUUACGCCGCUCGUCUGGUGCCCGUGACGCCGACGGAGCCGAGCGUCCCGCCGCACAUGUCCCGGUGCUGCGCUCGCUAGCGUCCACGAGCCCCGGGGACCUGCGCAGGUAACGGGCUUAGCUUACCUGUACGCACGCGGUGACGCGCCGCUCGCGCUAGCCGCUCCCCUUUCGACCCACGGCUCUCCAGCGGCCACCGGAGAACGGCACCGGGGCGCCGACGAGCACCAGCAGGUCGGUCAUGGAUCUACCGGGAGGAGGGAGCGGGACCCGUCGCGGGGGAAGGAGGGAGCCGCCGCCGCGUCUAACGUACGGCAUCGCUAUUCUCUGCCUCCAAGUCCUGUCCACCCAGGCUGCCGCCAUCCAGUUCACCAAGGAGCCCAAAUCCCAGGAUGCCUUGCACGGCCGCAGCGCCAUGCUGCGCUGCGAGGUCAGCGACCCGCUCGACGUCCGCUACAGCUGGCUCCACGACGGCCGGGCCCUGGAGAGCAGCGAGAGGCGCUUCCAGGAGGGCAGCAACCUCAAGUUCACGGCCGUGGACCGGCUGCUGGACGCCGGGAACUUCGAGUGCGUGGCGCAGAACACGCUCACCGGGGAGUCGCUCCACUCCACCAACGCCUCCUUCAAUAUCAAGUGGUUAGAAAGCGGUGGAGUGACUCUGAAGGAGCCCGCAUCAGAAGGAGACAUCGAGAGCUCUGAGCCUGUUACUUUGCGUUGUCAUAUUGAUGGUCACCCACGGCCGACUUGCCAGUGGUUCAAAGAUGGGGUGAAGCUGACGGAGAAGAGCCAUCAGCUCAAUAAUAAAGAGAGGACAGUGACCUUAAAGAGUGCCAGUCCAGACGACAAUGGCCUGUACUACUGCUGUGCCAAGAAUGCAGCUGGACACGUCUGCAGCAACAGCAACUUCACUCUCAACAUAAUUGAUAAGAGUUUUCCACGGCCGGUGGUCUCCCCCGAGGACCAGGUGGUGAACAGGAACGACGAGGCCAUGUUCCACUGCCAGUUCACUGCAGUGCCCACCCCAACGCUGGAGUGGUACCACGAGAACGAGCUGCUCGUUAACAAGUCUCGAGUGGUUCUGCUCACCAACGGCACGCUGCUGAUCACCCAGGUAAAACCCAGGAACACGGGGACCUACAGGUGCGUCGGCCGCGGCCUCAGAGGGUCCCGCGUUCCACUUGAGGCUUCCCUCCUCAUAGCUGAGAUAGAAGACAUGGUGCCCAAGAUGUCCAGGGUUUCUGAAGCGAACACCAUGCAGCGCGUGGCCUGCCGUCCGCCCCGAGGCAGACCUGAGCCUGAGGUGUGGUGGGAGAGAGGAGGCCAGCGGGUCCCCAGUGAGGGCAGGGUGUACCAGGAAGGCCUGGAUCUGGUCUUCAGUCCUACAGAGGCGGGCGACUCAGGCACCUACACCUGUGUGGCCAGGAACAAGGCUGGACGCAAGACGCAGAAUGUCACCUUCACCGUAGCGACUGCUCCUGAGUGGGUUGCCAUGCCCCAGGACAGCAAGCUGGAGGAGGGCAAACCGGGCUUCCUCCACUGUUACGCUCACGCCAACCCUGAACCCGAGGUCACCUGGUUCCGCAACGGCAACAUGAUCCUGGCGGAGGACACCCGUUACAAGGUGUUUCAUAACGGCACCCUCAUGAUCAACAACGUGGAGGUGUACGACGCACAUGUUUACGGCUGUGAAACCAGGACUGUGGGUGGCCGGCUGUCUGGGCAGGCUAAGGUUACUGUGCUGGAGAAGCUAAAGUUUACGCCGACCCCUCAGCCGUCUCAGUGCCUGGAGCUGGACAAAGAUAUCAACAUCCAGUGCUCAGCCAAAGGCAGAGAGCCACCGACCAUCCGCUGGACUAAAGCAGACGGGCAAGAGUUGCCACCUCACGUGGAGCAGAGGAACGGCCAGUUGCACUUCACAAAGGUCACGCGCAGUGACGCCGGUGACUACAGCUGCAUCGCCUCAAACAGCCGGCAGGGGGAGAUCAGAGCAUUGGUCACCCUGAUCGUGGCCGUAUACAUCCGCUUUAAGGUGGAGCCAGAUAAUACGACGGUUUACCAAGGUCACACAGCGAUCCUGCAUUGUCAGGCCACAGGUGAUCCUGAGCCUCACAUCCACUGGAUGGUCAAGGACAGGAUGCUGGAUAUCAGUAAGAACCGCAGGUUCCAGAAGAUGCCCAACGGUUCGCUGGUGAUUACAGAUGUCACUACAGACGACACCGGCAGAUACACAUGUGUGGCCGGAAACAGCUGCAGCAUCAAAGACCGUGUGGCUCAGCUGUAUGUAGUGGACAAACCAGUGCACCCCCAUGAUGAAGACGGUGACAGAGCCCCUUACAAGAUGAUCCAAACCAUAGGCCUGUCAGUUGGCGCAGCAGUGGCUUACAUCAUUGUUGUGUUGGGCCUCAUGUUCUACUGCAAGAAGAGACGCAAUGCCAAGAGGCUGCAGAAGGGCCAGGACGGAGAGGAGCCAGAGAUGGAGUGUCUCAAUGGAGGGGCUGUUCAACAGAAUGGCCACACCACUGCUGAGAUCCAGGAAGAGGUGGCACUCACCAACAUGGGUACCAUGGCAACAACCGAAAAACGCCACAGCCAUGUUAACAACGAGAAGCUCCACUUUCCUCGGGCAAACCUACAAACCCUCACAACUUUAGGCAAAGGGGAGUUUGGUGAGGUGUUGCUGUCUAAAGCUAAGGGCAUUGAAGAGAACCAGGAAGAGACCGUGGUGCUGGUGAAGAGCUUACAGACCAGAGAUGAGCAGCUUCAACUCGACUUCCGCCGUGAAGCUGAAAUGUUUGGCAAGCUCACCCAUCCCAACGUCGUCCGCUUGUUGGGCCUCUGUAGGGAGGCAGAGCCACACUACAUGAUCCUAGAGUACUAUGACCUGGGAGAUCUGAAGCAGUUCCUGAGAAUUUCCAAGAACAAAGAUGACAAGGUCAAAUCUCAACCUAUAAGCACCAAGACCAAAGUUUCCAUUUGUGCCCAGGUGGCCCACGGGAUGGAGCAUCUGUCCAAUCAUCGCUUUGUCCACAAAGACUUAGCGGCACGAAACUGCCUGAUCAACAGCCAGAGGCGUGUGAAGGUGUCAUCACUCAGCCUGAGCAAGGACGUCUACAACAGCGAGUACUACCACUACAGGCAGGCAUGGAUCCCACUGCGCUGGCUCCCGGCGGAGUCGGUGUUUGAGGAUGACUUCUCCACCAAGUCUGAUGUGUGGGCCUUUGGCGUGCUGAUGUGGGAAGUGUUCAGCUAUGGGGAAAUGCCAUACACCAAACUUAAUGACGACGAGGCGCUGGAAGGUCUGAAGACGGGUAAACUGAAGCUGCCCAUUCCGGAAGGGUGUCCCUCCAGGAUCUACAAGCUCAUGGUCCGCUGCUGGGCGCUCAGCCUCAAGGAGCGCCCCUCCUUCACAGAUAUCGUCCACGCUCUCGGAGACCUGCCCUCUGACAGCAAAGUCUGAGGAGAACUCUUACCAGCCCCCCUUUCCCCCCCUCAAAAGAAAGACAGGAAUGCUGGAUUUUUAGUCUCUCAUUUCAGGGAGGAGGGUUGUGGAGAAAACAUUUUUUUAUAUGCAUUUCAAAACAUAAAUGAACGUGUGGAUGAGACUUGUUCACCACAUCAGUGGAAACACGUGCGUUUGUGAAUGGCUUCCCCCGUGAGCAGUGCCAGGAGUGUACGUUUGCCUUAACUGCAGCUUGGAUGACCCUCCCACCAGGUCCCUGCCUGUGGUUCCACUGUGACCCUGCCUGCCUGUCUGCAGCCACUCUGUCCCAGAGACAUGCAUUUGGUUGUUGUAUUUUUUCUUUUUGUUUUUGUUUUUUUAUGGAGCCUCGCGACCUCAGUGCCUCUACACUUGCACCCACACACUCGUUCGGAAACAUUCAACUGCUUUGUAAGAUGUUUGGUGCAUUGCUGUCAGUGGCUCAGACUGAUGAAUGGUCUAAAGAUUAGGGAGCUACCCACAUGUUUUUAACUUAAAAUGGGUUUUCCACUGAGUGAGACCAUUUUUAACAGGUCUGCUUGAAUCCAGUUGCCGACAUCUAAUGAACGCAGCACCUUUCUCCACUGUGUGUGUGUUUGUGUGUGUGCACGCUCCACUGAACUAUUACUAUGAUAUUGUAUAUGUUUUAAAGAAGCAGUGAAAUGGGGAUUGCAUGAAGGUUCAUUGUUGUUACCCUUUGCUGAAAAAGUAAUGUUAUUGCAACACUUCAGGAAUAACACCUACAAAAUCAUCUAACGUAUCACUAAGGAAUAUAUUGAACAAGACUGUGCCAGUGUGGGCUUGAUGUUUUGAGUGUUUUCUGUUGUAUUAACUUUAAGGUGCUUAAUGGUCACUACCAGUGGGUAUUUCUUUACCAUGUUAACGUCACAAUGCUGUCAGUUGCAAGGAUGCAUCCUAUCACUGUGUUGACCUACAGUGUGAUGUCUUUAGAGGUCCAGUCACAGUUCCACUCCCGGUCCAGUUGUUGUGUGAAACGCCGCAAAGUGGACCAGGCAAUGUGUACAUAAUGUAGAAACCAUGCACUAACUUCACUUACAAGAAUAUCCCUCUCUCUCUCUGUAUCUCGUGUGUAGAAGAACAUGCAGGUGCCUGUUUAUUUAUGAUGAAGGUCCUGUUUUUGUAGCGAUGUCUAUAAUGGAAAGGUACUUCUCUGAUGCUGUGUAUUCAUUCUCACAGUCUGUCUGGUUUGCAAUCAGCCUGUUAACCAGCUAAAUAUGCAAACAAGUUACAAAGGAGGUCAAACGAGUGACUGCUGGUCACGUGUACUCAUUAAAGUGCCUGGUAAAUGAAGGAUUAUCUUAACUGUUCCUCAGUUUUUUUAUAUUAUCUAAUCAAAUGCAAUGGCCCUUGUUUAUGGGCUUGUUUUUAUACGUUGUUUUUAGUGUCCUUUUUUUUUAUAAAUGCUAGGCACUCACACCUAGACCUCUUCUUUUUUUUUUUUUAAUCAGCUUCAGCAAAUGAUCACAGUAAUCACAGAUAUAUACAAAAGUAUACAUGCUGCUGUCAAUAAAGGUUCACGGUGUUUUUAA